CCGGGCAGCCGACCGGCUGAUGGGCAGCACGGGGCACCUGAGGGGCGGUGGCACGGGUCGUGCCGCGCCGCGCCCUGUCCCGACACCCUCCGUGACCGAGCGCCGCCGGUGGCGCCGCCGGCCCCGCGUCGCUGCCGCCGCCCGCUGCGGGCGCAGGGAGCCGGCGGGGCAGUGCGAGCGGCCGGGCGGCGGCGGGAGGAGCCCCGCUCCCCGGGGCUGUGCCUGCUGCCCCGCCGAGGGGCCCCGGCCGAGCUCUCCGGGGUGCGCGGUUCAGCCUGGCCCCGGAGGCCGUCUGGUGGCGCGCCGCGGCGCGCUGGUGACAUCAGCCUUGUUUCGGGUGUUCGCGCAUUUUGGCACGCAAAGCAAGAGCGGCGUGCGCGUCGGACGGGCCUGCUCCGCUGUGCUUUGUGACUUCAUAUGUCCAAAGAAGUGGAGAAACUGGGAAAUUCGGAUCGGAAAUGGGGAGCGCAGGACUGGGGAGUGUAAAGAAGGUGUCGGGAUCACGGCUUGGGAGGCGCACAUUUUGGCCGAGCGCUCCUGGGGAGGAGUGGCUUGCCAACGGAGAACAGCGUUGUGUCUCUGUUUGCACGUGCCUUCACCAACGGGGAUUGUAGUAACAUCUGAAAAUUUCAAAACAGUCUUGCAUUGGCAGUACCCAUCUAUGUCUGAAACUCCUCGUUUUAUUGUGGAAAUCAAGCCUUACAAUUUAGGUCACUAUAAGGUGGUCUCAACCUGUGUGAACACUUCAGCUCAUUUUUGUGAUCUCUCAGAGGAAAUAUGUGACCCUUAUUCAUCUCAUUGGCUUAAAGUUAAAGCUGUUGUUGGGUCACAACAGUCUGAAUAUGUUGAGGCAAAUGAGUUUAUUUUGCAAAGGCAUGGACAAAUAGGACCGCCAAAACUGAAUAUCUCGAGACAUGGUGAUGAAAUCUUGAUUGAUAUUCACCAUCCUGUAUUCCCUCUUUCUUGUAUUGAAGACAUUUAUUUAAGUCUUGCCUAUUCGGUGACUGUUCGGAAUAGUAAAAAUGAGACUGAAGACCUCUAUGAGGACAACUGUACAGUGCAUAAGUGUAGCCUCAAAAUCCCAGUUCUUCCUGAAAGUUCCACUUACUGUGUUUCAGCAAUAGGAAUUUUUGAAUCUCUGAUGUAUAGCACUCCAUCAGAGGAAAUUUGCACUCCUGUUCCUCUCAGGCAGACAUUGAGUAUGCAUGCUGUCAUCAUUCUGUGUGUUGUUUUUGGGAUCUUGACGGUAAUACCGACAGUAUAUUGUGGCUGCAAGAAACUAAGGAAAAACAACAUACAGCUGCCGAAGUCUUUGGUCAGUGUGAUGAGAAACCUGAACACAGGUGCCUUAAUGGGACCAAGAUCAGAGGGGAAGUACAUGUCUGUAAUAUCAGGCCCCCCGGAGUUGCCAGUGAAUGGUGAAGUAACCUUGCUGGAGAUAGAGCCAAAAGAACAAACUGUUAGUCCUGUGAAUUCCUGUGAUGGAGAAUCUUUUGUCCCUUCCCCAGAGGCACCAGCCAAAGUAGAAGAGGUGCCUGUGCAGGAAAGCACAGAGGAGGUGUCUGUUGAUGCUGAUGAACAAAAUUGUGAAGUAAAAGAGAGUUACUUCAUUUCUAACAGUAGCCAAACGGAUAUAUGCAGUAAGUCUUCAGGGCCAGAGAUUCCUACCACAGAAACACAGCAAACAGUCAUUCCAAGCAGCUGCUUCAAGUUUUCCGGCUAUGACAAGCCUCAUGUUCCGUUGGAUAUGUUGAUGAUAGAUGUUGGUGAAGAACAGCCUGUGAAUGCUUACAGGCCAACUGAGUAGCCAAGAUGAAGUGCUGAAGUGCUUAACCACAACUCAGAAAGAGCAGCAUUACUAAAGCUUAUGGAAAGUCUGGGUUUAAUUGUGAGCAUCUACAAGUUGCACUUGUUCUGAUCAGUACACAAUGGAAAAUAGUACCUGAAAAUGGCAUAAAAAGUGUGGGGAAAUUUCAUAAUAACCACUUUUUAAAAUGCUUUUAUAUAUGAUACAACUCAUUAUUUCCUAUUUGGAUAGUGUUGUAUUUUUAAACAAUACUCUAUAGAAAUCAUACCAGUGACUAUAAAACAGCAGCUGUACCAUUAUUCACUUCUGCUUCAGAUCUUGUUCAAAAUUAGUUCAUUGAACAUCAUGCUUAAGAAAUCCUUCACUUGAUUAUGAUAGACACGUGCAAGAAAUGUUUGAGAGAUUUUACCAUUAUGGGAGGUAUCCUCUUGUUUAUCUUUUUCUUCUGAAGAGUAUUUUUAUAUUAAAUGCUCUUAUUUCUUUUAAAUAAGAUUAUGCCUAUAAGAUCUUCCUGUAUAUCUUAAGAAUUUGAUUCCAUGUCAAAGAAGUAAGAAGUAACGGCCAUAAACUAAGAACACAAGAAGUGCACUUUAACAUGAGGAAGAAGAUUUUUGCAUUGAGCGUUGGCAGAGCACUGGAACAGUGCUGCCCAAGGAGAUCAUGGAGUCUCCCUCUCUGAAGAUCUUCAAAGCCCACCUGAACUCAUUCCUAUGUCACCCACUCUAGGUGACCCUGCCUUGCCAGGAAGUUGGACUGGAUGAUUUCCAAAGGUUCCCUUCCAACCCUAACAAUUCUGUGAAAGUACCAGUUAUUUGUAGUCUUUGCUGUUAACUUCAGUACGGCAGCACCCAUUUGGAUCACUUAGUGGUAUGAGUAACCAUGUCACAUUCUGGCAGAAGAUGUUAGCAAGCUGACUGAUCAUCAGUGAGAAAAAGAAGUCUAAUGGGGUGGUUGCACAAAUUCUUUAGAAAAUGUCCUCAAAAUUCAAAAGCCUGGUUUCUUCUGAGACACUUCUAUCCUAAACUUUUAGAACAAUACAUUCGCUAAAUAGAAAUGAAUAGAAACUUCUUCCAAGCAUGUUUUCUAGCAGAGUGAAAAUCACUGCCAUUUCCCCUGUUUCAAUAACAUAACUCAGGAACUACGUAAAAUCACCCUCUAAAAAUAUGUCUCAAGACAAUAGAAAAAUAGUGUGAUUAAGUUGUACUUUUUAAGUUUUAUUAUCACCUGACAGCCUUCUGAAUUUUGUAUCAUAGAGGUGUAGUUUUGAAAACUGAGGAAUAAGAAUUUUAUAUUUUUAUAUAUUUUUUCAUAUUGAAAUCCAUGCAAUCCAUUUAUUUCACUUUAAUCAAGAUUUGACAGGUAUUUUCUAUUUGUAGGAAAUGUCUGUAGCAAUUAUUAAUGAAGUUUAGGUCAGUAAGAAAGAACACUUCACAGGUACAAGUUGGUGCAUUUACACAAAAUUGUGGGUUUGUUUUAAAAGACAUUUCUAUAGGAUUAUCAGAAUUGUUAGCCUGUGACAGCAGAUGGUUUUAAAGGAAAACCAGUGUCAUAGUACUUCUGUCCUUACAUUUCUCAGUGACAUGAGUAUUCUUAAGGUGAAGUUUAGCUUUUACAGCAAUUUCAAGAGUGCUUCUGUUCUUGUCUAUAUCAGUCAUGGACCACAAUGGUACAAAAGAUUUAAAAACAAGAGCUGUUUUUCCCAUCACUACUCACAGGAAGGUAACAGAUUGGUUACCAGGGUUUUGAUCAUUUUAGGAAAAGCCAAAUCAAGGAAAAGCCAAAUCAAGGUGAAUUUUGUAGUUAUGAUGUCAUGGAAAGCCAUAAUAAUUAGUUAAUAAUUGUUAAUAAUAAUUGUUAAUAAUUGUUAGCUGGCUGUGAUUUGUUUCUGCAUUAUAUUCAAAGAUAAUGAGACCCCCUAGCAACUUUUUCAAUGUCAUAUUCUGGGUUGAGUUCCUAGAAGGCAGUGCUUAGUGACUUACUGCUCAGGAUGCACUAGUGUGUAGGUCUCCCCAUGGCAGAGAUACAGAAAAUAACACUCUUGGUGUUACAAGAAGGCUGUUUGAAAAUCAGCCUUAACUGCUCUUGAAACUUCAACUAAACUGACUUUCCAGGUAGUGAUAUGGUUCAUCACUGAAGCUCCUAGCAGGCUGUCUACAAAGUAGAUAAGCAGCUGUGUCUUGUGCAGAGAUUGGAGUUGAUGUAAUUUCUUUCUGAGUUUGGAGGUUUGUUGAUGAAUAUGAAUUGCAGUAAAUAACUCAGGAAUUUAUAAAUGUCAGAGAAGUGUUGAAGUUAAACUUGGCUCUGAAGGGAUAAAGAGAACAUUAGAAACUCUAAAGUUAGUCUUGUUUUUUGGGAAGAAGUUUCUGACCAGGCAGUUUGCUGAGUAUUUUCUUUGCAACUGCUCAGAAUAUUUAACCUUGCACUUGGUAGCUUGUUUUCCUUCUGUCAGUUUUGUAAAAAAAAAA